UUUGAAAUAAUAUAAAAAGUCUUGGUCCUCUUCUCUUCCACUUUAAAAGCUCUUUAUUUUCUCCCAUUACAAACCAAAAUCCAUUAGAAAAAGAAAAAAAACACAAAACACCUCCAAAAACAAAACAAUGGCGGUGAAGAAGAAAUCAUCUUGGAGAUCAUUAAUGGUUUUGUGUUUCCAAGAUCCAGACAACAUAUAUUCUCCCAAGAAGACAAAGAAAGAUGAUGGUCAAGGUGUGAUAACCAAACAGAAAUCGUUUCUCGGAUUGUCGAUUCUAGACAUAAGCAAUCCAAGUUCCACUACCUUGUCGGAAGAUCUCUCAAUCUCUCUCGCUGGCUCGGAUCUCCAUGUAUUCACACAAGCAGAGCUUAAAGUCAUAACACAAAGCUUCUCUUCUAGCAACUUUCUUGGUGAAGGAGGGUUUGGUCCGGUUCACAAAGGGUUUAUUGACGACAGGCUCCGUCCUGGUCUUAAGGCUCAGCCUGUCGCUGUUAAACUUCUCGAUCUUGAUGGUCUUCAAGGUCACCGUGAGUGGAUGACGGAGGUUAUGUGUUUGGGAAAACUAAAGCACCCGAAUCUGGUGAAGCUGAUCGGAUAUUGCUGCGAGGAAGAACAUAGACUUCUUGUUUAUGAGUUCAUGCCUCGUGGAAGUUUAGAGUCUCAACUCUUCAGAAGGUGUUCCCUACCGCUGCCAUGGACAACUAGGUUGAAGAUCGCUUACGAAGCUGCCAAGGGUCUACAGUUUCUCCAUGAAGCCGAGAAGCCUGUCAUCUAUCGCGAUUUCAAGGCCUCCAAUAUCUUGUUAGAUUCUGAUUAUACAGCGAAACUCUCGGACUUCGGGCUAGCAAAAGACGGACCACAAGGCGAUGAUACACAUGUGUCCACUCGCGUGAUGGGCACACAAGGGUACGCAGCGCCAGAGUACAUAAUGACAGGUCAUCUAACGGCUAAGAGUGAUGUAUACAGCUUUGGAGUGGUGUUGCUUGAGCUGUUGACAGGUCGGAAAUCGGUGGACAUAGCGAGAUCGUCAAGGAAAGAAACCCUCGUUGAGUGGGCUCGUCCAAUGCUCAACGACGCACGUAAACUCGGGAGAAUAAUGGACCCGAGGCUUGAAGAUCAGUACUCAGAGACCGGAGCACGAAAGGCAGCAACUCUAGCUUAUCAAUGCCUAAGGUACCGACCAAAGACCAGGCCAGACAUCAGCACUGUUGUCUCAGUUCUCCAAGACAUCAAAGAUUAUAAAGAUGAUAUUCCCAUUGGGGUAUUUACUUACACGGUUCCUACUAAACCAAGCCGUGAAGUUAAAGUGACAAGUCUUCAAAACUUCGACAAGCCUCGCAACGUUUCUAAGACUGAUAACCAUCAAAAGUUCCGGUCUCCGGCGCACACGGCAAGAAACCACCGGGUAACUUUGAGAAACGGAUUCAACUCGCCAAUGCGUAACGAAGCCGGAGGGGAACGGUACUGAGUUUCUCUCUUCUUUCCUCCACUCAGUACUUUUUUUUUUUUUUUGUUUUUACAAUAGAUGUAAAUAAUACAUUCUUACCAUUAAAAAAACAAAAAAAAAUCUAGAAUAGGUUUUGCUUUCUUUACCUAGAAUAGGAUUUGGAUAGAGGUAAAGUUGAUUUUUUUUUCAUUGUUUGAUUCUUCAAUCAAAGGAAGCAAAAGCGUUAAACAUAAAUAUAUUGUUCUUUUUCUA